AGCGGCAAGAGCACUUUCAUCAAGCAAAUGAGGAUCAUCCACGGCGCCGGUUACUCCGACGAAGACAAGAGAGGCUUCAUCCGACUGGUUUACCAAAACAUCUUCACCUCCAUGCAGGCCAUGAUCCGGGCCACGGAGAACCUAAAGAUCCCUUACAAAUAUGAACAGAAUCGGUCGAACGCCAUGCUGGUGAAAGAAGUGGACAUUGAAAAGAUCAACGGCUUUGACCAGCCCUACAUCGCAGCCAUCAAAUGCUUGUGGUCCGACCCGGGGAUCCAGGAGGCCUACGAUCGCCGCCGAGAGUACCAGCUGUCCGAUUCCACGAAAUAGUAGGUUGCCCCAGAGCUGGCUGGUUGUUUAGGUGUAAACGG